AUGUUGCGACCUAGUGUAUUAAGAUACAGCUCCAAACGCCCAUCCUUUCGGAACGGGGCUCGGGCUUUCCCUCGGUCACGAUACUUCUCAAUACAGAUUCCUCAACGACAAGAAGUACGGGAUGCAUAUAUUUUAAGUGCCUCCAGGACGCCUACUGCGAAGUUUAAUGGCUCUUUUCUCACUAUAUCUGCUCCACAGCUUGCUGCUGUCGCUAUUAAGUCUGCUCUAGAAAAGUCUAAAGUCCCAGUUAAGGAUGUCACGGAUGUAUACAUGGGAAACGUCUUGCAAGGGUCAAUUGGCCAAGCUCCUGCCAGACAAGCCGUCAUUUUUGCCGGUCUUCCUUCAACCGUUGAAGCAAUCACCAUCAAUAAGGUCUGUGCGUCGGGCUUGAAGGCAGUCGUUUUCGCAGCCCAGAAUAUACAGCUCGGCCUCAGCGAGGUGCAAAUAGCAGGCGGCAUGGAGAAUAUGUCUCAGGUGCCGUAUUAUGUUCCUCGCGCGAGUACACUGCCCCCGUUUGGACACAUCAAGAUGGAAGACGGACUGAUAAAGGACGGGUUGACGGACGUGUACGACCAAUUCCAUAUGGGAGUCUGCGCCGAAACAACCGCCAAAAAAUAUGAAAUAUCCCGCGAGGCGCAAGAUAACUACGCUAUUUUGUCAUACGAACGAGCUCAAGCUGCGUGGAAGGACAAUGCGUUCGCAGACGAGAUCGCUCCGGUCACCGUAAAAGGCCGGAAGGGUGACGCUAUCAUUGACACCGAUGAGGGUUAUUUGGAUAUUAAAUUGGAUAAGGUCUCUACCCUGAAACCUGCCUUUGUUCGCGAUGGGACUGGCACCGUUACCGCAGCGAACUCGUCUACGUUGAACGAUGGUGCCAGUGCUCUAGUACUAGGAAGCAAGGAUGUCGCCAAAGAAUUCGGAGCCGGUUCGAGAGUUCUGGCGAGAAUAUGCAGUUCCGCUGAUGCCGCAGUCGAUCCUGUAGAUUUCCCCAUCGCUCCAGCUAAGGCUGUGCCCAUUGCUCUAGAACGUGCGGGGAUUACAAAAGACCAGGUUGCCGUCUGGGAAUUUAAUGAAGCGUUCGCCGCUAUUCUGGGGCUUCAAAAUGCUAGAGUAAAUCCAUUAGGCGGCGCAAUUUCCUUAGGACACGCGCUGGGUAGUUCAGGAUCCCGAAUCCUUACAACACUAUUACACCAGCUUAAGCCAGGAGAGUAUGGUCAAAGCCCAUCCCGUAACGCGAUCUCAUACGGUUCUCCCAUAAUGUCGUUAACCACCAAAUUCCUCGCUGGAAUUCGCGAUAUACUUAAAAGUCUUGAUGGAGAAGCGCUACGUGAUUGGCUAAAGGUAGAGCCACCUUUGCCACAAGAAUAUUAUGAUCUGGCAGCUGAGCUCAGGAAUGGCUAUCAAGAUGAUGAGAUGCUAGAAAAGCUCGUCGAGGACUCUUUACCUGAAGAAGACGUAUCAGAAGGGCAGGGAACGUCGUGGCCCGGCUUCAUCGCCUUCGUAAAAGAUUAUCUCGAAUAUUGGAGGGACGUAGAUUUCGAUGACCUCCUAAGAGCCCAUCAGCUACUUACAGCAUUGACUAAUUCAUGCGCAACGGGGCUUAAUAAUCCUACUUAUGGAACCAUUAUGUUACAGACAAGCAUAUCACUCUGCGCGUCUCUUUCGACUUUGUCUAUGACGCUGAAUAAACGGCCCGAUUUAACAAGGAAGCUGGCUGCCUUCCAUGCCGGCGACGAGGAAAGGAAAUCUGUCAUCGAGGUCACAGCGGAGAUUAUGCAGAAAUUCUUCACCACAUGCCUUACCGAUCGUUCGAGCCCGCGGUUCGCGCAGCCUACGGGCAAAAAGGCUGGCAUCUACAUAUUUGCCAACAAAACCUUGAAGCUUCUUACCAUGAAUAACAAGUCUUAUUUGGCGACGCAGCUCUUAACCAACAUCAUGGCAAAAUCUCCACCGCUGUCGUACUACCCAGCCGCUCAGAGAGUGACGUUUCUCUAUUUUCUCGGUCGUUUUCACUUUAAUCAUACGCACUACUGGCGGGCGGCGCAAUGCUUCCAAGAAGCCUAUUCACAAACGCCACCACGCUUCUUAAAACAUCGGCGUAUUGUACUCACUUAUCUAAUACCCUGUAACUUUAUCUUGGGUCGCCUGCCCUCUCAGGCUCUUUUACAGCGACCGGAAGCGCAAUCCAUGGCUCAAUGUUAUUCUCAGUUCUCGGAAGCAAUACGCAAAGGCGAUUAUAUAUACUAUCAGCACACAUUUAAGCAAUAUGAAAAAUGGCUACGAGAUAAAGGUUUACCGUUGUUUACUGCCCUUCAGUACCGCAUCCGACCACUGCUUUGGCGAUCACUUUCUCGACGAACCUUCCUCCUGACAUACACGCCACCCACCGAGGAUGACUCGCGUAAAGCUGCUAUAUUAAAACUUGGGGAUCUGCAAACCACAAUGACUUAUGUUCAAAAACGCCUAGAAGGAUACCUCCCCGCUACACCGGCGCCGAAGGGACGACAAGCGAAUGUUAACAGUUAUCUAUUAAAAGCCGUCUCUAACAGUGCCGGUUCCACCCCUAAAAUUUCUACGCUCGUAGCUCCCCCCGGCGGACCUAAGCAGUUACCGGCAGAUGAGGGUAUAUUGUCAGGGAACAUAGCGGUCAAGGACUAUCACGUCGAAAACAUAGUUGCUUCGUUAAUCGCUCAGGAUCUUCUCCAUGGAUACAUAGCGCACUCUCAAGCGGUCUUCGCGAUUAUGGGUACGAAGCAGAAGGGCAGCGCGCUAAUUGCAGGAUGGCCGAACGUGAGCGAGGUGAUAGAUCAAAGAUCAAUCGAAACAUUUGUCCCUGGCUGGGUUAAAGACGAAUAG